UAAGUCUAAGCUGGUUGUACGUCGUGGACCCCGCCGCGGGAAAAGUUCACGGGCAAUCGGAGUCUCGGAGAGAUUAGAUCGCGAGAGUCGGAGUCUGGAACCACAGAGCGAGCCGAAAUCUUUUUUCCACCCAAUUAUUCGCAGUCGAUCAUCAAGCCGGUUUAUCUGUGUAAAUACGACGUGGUCCCUUGUCCUUACUGUUAUACCGCUACGUAUGCAUACAGCUUGCCGUGAACGCGAGUAAGACGCGACUUUGCAUGGCGCAGCAGCGAGUCGAUGCUGUGAUCAGAAUCCCGAAUCCCGAGACCCAGACGAAAAGCAGGAAUAAGCGCGAGGAUACUCGGCUGCAACGGGGGAGAAUUGGGAAAAAGUGAGACGGCGAGAUACAUCGUGGUCCAUUGCAGGGCCGCAGGCUGGCGGAAAGAGGAAGAAGGCAAGUGAAAAUUGGUCGGUCGCGGCGGCGAUUCGGGGGGGAUGGAUGGAGAGACGGCUACAGCAGCGGAGAGCAGCGCUUCGUCGUUACUCUCGUUAGUACGGUAGUGGCAGGCGAGACGGGUGGAUCGGCAGAGAUCGGGUCACAAAAGUAUAGUUAGUUUCCGUGCUGCAGAAGGCGGUUUGGUGGACCGAUCUCGCAGGAAUUUGCGAGUCGAGGGGGGAAUAAAAGUAUAAUCAGAGUCGGAGAAGCGAUCCGAGGGCGGGUGUGCGCGGAACGUAGCGUCGUAUCUAAACUCGGGAGUCAAUAAUUAAUUAAAGCGUUAAAUCGGAUAAUCGACCUUGAAUACCCCGGCGCGUGGAAGAGCUCGUCACAUACGAUGCAGCAGGCCGUAGCCCCGGCAGCCGUGGCUGUCCUGGUCUCGGCGCUGCUCUGCUCCCUCGGGGGCCGGGUCGACGCCAAAAAGACCCGCCCACCAACCGGCGACAUAUCCCUAUGGAUCGAUCAGCAACAGGUGAAAAUGUUUAGCGGAUUAGAAAUUGAGAUAUACGCGAUAAUGGAAGGUACGGUGUUGUCGUACCUCCUGGACCCGGAGUUUGAGACGAAACUACCGACGAUACCGAGCGAAGUGUCGUGCGUUAAUUUCACGUGGAAGUCUGGCGUUAAGAGGUACUAUUAUAAUUUCGAUCGACUCAAAUCGGUCAACGAGUCUAUCCUCAAGACACCCUCGAUCACGAUCAAGCAACGAGGGAGGGUGCCGAGGAGACCAAAAGAAUUCAGCGUGCUUCUACCAUGUUCGGGGAAUAGUUCAGGCGUUGUUCAAUUCAAGAUCGGGCUGGUCAUCCAAACGCGGAAGGGUGUUCCCCUGAAAGGAACCCCCCUUCGGCUGAGCUUGCAAAAGGAAUGCGCUCUACGCGAACCUAAUCCUGGACCAUGUCCAGAUGGUUACUUGGGACCACCGCAUUGUAAGAAGGCGUUGUGCUAUCCCAAUUGCAUGAAUGGUGGAAACUGCACCGCACCUGGAGUCUGUUCCUGUCCACCAGGUUUUCAAGGACCUUAUUGCGAAGGAGGUAUUUGCACAGAGAAAUGUUUGAAUGGAGGUAAAUGUGUGCAAAAGGAUACCUGUGAAUGCCCCAAGGGAUACUUUGGUCUUCGUUGUGAAUUUUCCAAAUGCGUGAUUCCUUGUGUAAAUGGUGGAAAAUGUAAGGGAAACAAUGUGUGUCGUUGUCCGGCUGGAUUCAAAGGCAAUCAUUGCGAGAUUGGGAGAAGAUCACCGCAGAGGUCGGCAUGUACGAGACCUUGUCGAAACGGCUCGUGCCAGCCAGACAACACGUGUCAGUGUGAACCUGGGUGGUUUGGGAAAUUAUGCAACAAGAAUAAGCCAUGGGCUUGAAAACAAGAUAUUGCCGGUACCAGACGAUCUUGCAAUAUAUACCCUAGUACUCCCUCCUGCCCCCCUCCGCCCCUUCAGAGAUGUGAUAUGUAAAAUUGUUUUACACCAAUUUUAUGAUAAUAAAACGAUUGUUGUUGUUUUUAUUAUUAUUAUUAUUAAUAUUAUUAUCGUUUGUUAUAAGAUAUAUUAUUAUAGCGAUUGUAUAAAGCAAAUAAUAAAGGUUCUUUUUUUCCUUUUA